AUGGCUGAAUUUUCGAUUGAUAAAGUGUGUCAAGCAAUCCAGGUUUUCAAUUAAGGACAAGUCGAAUAGGCUGAUAGUUUUCUGAGGAGCUUCUCAUAAUCAAAUGAGGCUUGGGGAAUUUGCAUUCAAAUAUUGUAAUCGAAUCCAGACCCAUCAUUGGUGUUUCAAUUGUUGCGUAUUUUGCAAUCCAAAAUUCUGUAUGACUUCAGUACUUCUAAUCUAAUCAUUCAUUAGUUUCACUCACUCCCUCCGAAGUGCAGCAAAUCUAUCAGAAUUGCAUCCAAAUCAUACUUCACUACAGCGUAUAAAAUUAAAAAUCAACUAGAAUAUAAUGUGUACUUAUGUUCAUCUAUUUAUACUUGUACACCUACUCACAGCAAACCAAAUCGAUACUAGAUCAUUGCCCAAAUCCUUGAUUACUCUCAAAACAACAGUCCUCAUCAGAAGUUUCUAUUUGAUGUCUUGGAGACCCUCCCUGAAGAAUUGACCGAAAACAAAAAGAUCAUCAUAGACGAUGAGAAGAGGAAGUUAAUUGCUCAAGACAUCAAAAACAAACAAAUGCUAGACAUCCUAACCUACCUCCAAACUCAAUGGAAUGCAGUCCCAGACGAUUCGAUUAAGUAUCACAUUCUGAGAUCUUAUAAAAAGUGGUUGGAAUUCAUGAAAUCUAGUAUCACAGAAGAAGAAGCUAUUCAAUUUAUGCAAUUGAGCUGUCAAACUACCCUAUUCAAAGGUACACUCGAUUCCAUAAAUAACGAGGAAUUGUAGAGCAAAGCAGUAGAAGCAAUAUGCACAUUUGUUGGUAUUAUCCCUAAAACAAUAUGUGAAUAACCUCAAUUAGAACCUUAGGUUUUACAAGUGUUAUUCGAUGAGAUGUAUAAGACAUUUCCAAAAUGCAAAAAGGCAUUGGAUGAAGAAGCAAGUGAAGAGAUUCAUAACUUAGUUAAAUUAUAUUCUAAGGCAGGUAAGAAAUUUAUCCACAAAAUUCUACUCAACGCAUAAUUGGAACCAUUUAUACAGACCCUCCUUUGGGUGUUCUGUCAUGACAAUUCAUUUACUGAGAGUGACAUCCUGACUGAUUUUUGGAUUAAAAUGAUCAAGACCAUUAGGAUUAUGAAUGAUUUGUAAUUGUAGAACAAGUUCUCAUUAACAUUUGAAUAGCUUAUCAAUGGAUGUGUUUAAAAGAGUAAGGUGAAUAAAAUACUGUUGGCUGAGUAUGGCAUUUCCCCUCAGAUUAAGGAUGAAUUUGAGUAGCAAUUGGAUACAAGAUCAUAAAUGAAAGAGAUCAUGGAGGAAUUAGUAACUAUCAUACAACCAAAUCUAAUUAUUCAACAUUUGGGAGGCAUAUUAAAGACAGAAAACUUUCCUCAAAUGAGUGAAAAUGGUUGGAUUACGUUCGAAGCCUGUAUGAAUUUAAUCAGCGGAAUUAUUAAAUAAAUUAUAUUGAAGAAUGACUAGGUUGGAGUUUAAUACUUAAUGGAGAUUAUCAAGUUGUAUUUGGACGUGUAUUAGUAGUAACCAUUAGCCAGCAACAAUUUCAUAAUGAAAUCAGUUUUCAAAACAAUAUCUUAAGGUUGUGCUUAGUUGAUUUCCUCCAAUGAAUUGUUGCCAUCUCUAUUUAAUUUCAUAACAAUAGGAAUUCAUCAUUAAGUAUCCUCUGUUUAAAAGAAAGCAACUAAAGCAUUCUAAUUGAUUUGCUAAUAAAAUCAAAAUUUUGUGUUGCUUCAUUUGAAUCAAUUUUUAGAUCUCAUAUUUAAAUUGCAAUCAGUAUCUAACUAUGACAAUUUAAUAAAAGGAGUAGCAAAUGCAAUUUGUUCAAGUUAAGAGACAAUGUAAAAUUAUUAUUUAAAGUUGUGUUCAAUCUUUGCUUAAAAUUUGGUUCAAUUGUAAUAGUAAAUCGAAGAAUUGUUAGUGAAAUCUGUUGGAUCAGAUACGCUGGAAGACAAGAUUAAACAAUUCAGUAAAAACAUCUCUAGUUUGGCUUUUGUGAAUAGCUAAAUUCCUGCAAAUGAAUCGAAUGAGUAUUUAACAGUUAGAGUUUUAAUUGUUAAUGUUUAUUAAUAACUUUGGCCAAUGUUAAAAUUUGGCAUGGAGAGAAUAGCCAUAUUUGAGCAUGGAGUAGCUGAGAAAAUAGUGAGAUACACAAAACACACUUUUAGAAAAACCUUUAAUCAAUUUUCUGUUGAGUUACUCACCUAGGUCUUUUAGAGUUUCUUGAAUGUCUAUAGAUAGGUUCCAAUAACAGCUUGUAUCUAUGUAGCAGAGGUAUCAGCAACUGUAUUUUAUAAAUACCCUGAAUAUCGUAAUCUGUUGUCAGAGGCCUUUGAGAAUCUCUGCAAUAUUACAUUCCAACAUUUGCCUCAAUUGUCAAGUUUCGAAGAGAAUCCUGACUUGACAGAAGAUUUAUUUGGAAUGCUUGUAAGAUAUGGUAGAUACACACCAGUGUUAUUGUUACAAAGUUCAGCAUUAUAAACAAUUUUGUAAUUGACUUUGAUGGCAAUUGGAUUGGAACAUGUAGGUGCUGCGAAAGUAUUUUACUCGUGGUUAGAAGUGACUUUCUUGAUGUUGAAACCCCAAGAUGAAGCAUUCAAAGUGCAAAUCCCUUAGGAAUAUAAAGACAAAUUCCAAUAAAUCAUCACUCCAUUUAUUCCUCAAUUCACCUCAAAGUUAUUUGAAGCUCUGAGAAAGGGACCGACUGAUGAAGAAGUAGAAGAUUACAUUGAGGAUUGCAUCGUAGCCUUAUCCAAACUCUCCUUCAUUGAAUAUCACAAAUUGUUGAGUUAGGUCUUGGAGGAGGGACCCUAAAACAUCUUGACUUAAUCCGAGAAAAAAACAUGGAUAGAAAAUAAUUAGGAUGUUGAAAAGUAAUAGCAAUUUUUACGAUUGUACACAAGGAGAUGUAUUUAGAAUGCUUUAAGAGGGUGAUAAAAAUGUAAAGUGUAAAAUUAAUUAUAUAUUUAUU